CUAGAAUCAACCCUUUUUUCUCCUAUACGUACCAUUUCAAAUCAAAAUAUACGUUUCAAUUUUCUCUAGAUGGUGAUGUCAAUAUUUGUAACUUAUGCAUCAAUGUUUAAUGAUAUAGAUCAAUUCUACUUUUCCUAUAUAAAUGCCCUACCAUAUAUAUGUCAAUGACUUCAACCAAAAAAUAUUUAUUCAUCAGGAUUCUAAAACUAGGCAAGCUAGUUAGCCAUGGCAUCAUCAUCCACCACUUUUGCUUUAAUCUUUCUUCCUUUCCUUUUCUUCUUCUUCUUCCUUGUACCUAAUUCUCAUGCCAAGAGCCUCUAUGGCCGUGGGAAUUUGACUCAAAACGACAUCAAUCUAUUGGAAUUCCCUCUAAAUUUAGAGUACUUGGAAGCUGAGUUCUUCUCUUUUGGAGCUUUUGGUCAUGGUUUGGACGAAAUCGCACCUGAGCUCACUGGGAAUGGACCGUCACCUAUUGGCGCUAAGGUUGCCAGUUUGGGCCCUCUUGUCAAAGACAUCACAGCUCAAUUUGCCUUUCAAGAAGUUGGCCAUUUGAGGGCGAUUAAGAGCGCUGUAAAGGGAUUUCCAAGGCCAUUGCUGGAUUUAAGUGUGAAAUCAUUUGCAACUAUAAUCAACAAUGCAUUUGGGGAAAACUUAAAUCCACCUUUUGAUCCAUAUGCAAAUGAUCUCAAUUACCUCAUUGCAUCCUACGUUAUUCCUUACGUUGGACUCACCGGUUACGUGGGAGCCAACCCUAAACUCCAAACUGCCACCGCCAAAAGAAUGAUAGCUGGAUUAUUAGGAGUGGAAUCAGGACAGGACGCCGUGUUGAGGGCAUUACUAUAUGAGAGACAAAACGAGACGGUGAAUCCAUACGGGAUGACGGUGGCCGAAUUCACCAACAAAAUCUCAAAGCUGAGAAAUGAUUUGGGGAAUAAAGGCAUCAAAGACGAAGGCCUCACUGUGAAUCCAUCCCAAGGCGCGGAGGGCAAAAUCAAAGGCAACAUACUUGCGGGCGACAAGUUCUCUUUGGCAUUUGAUCGAACACCUGAGGAAAUACUUCGGAUCAUUUAUGGAACCGGGUCCGAGAGCAAACCGGGUGGGUUUUACCCCGACGGAGCUCAGGGUCGGAUUGCCGAAUCACACCUCCACCACCACCACAACCACCAACACCACCACAAAUCACAUCUCGACCAUUCAGAUCACGACGAACGAGAAGAUACCGAUGAUUGCACUUAAUUAGUUUUUCUUUAUUAAAAAAAUGACAUUCGUUGUCACAAUUUGGUUCUUCGAUUUAGGCUUUGUUUUCUUAAUCGUUGAUUGCUACUACUAUAAUUAUGUUGUUAUAAGAAGAAGCAUAACUAUAUUACGAAUAACAUUUGUUCUUGCUAGCGUAUGCUACACUACUAGCAACUAUGUAAAUUGUCAUAUGCAUAUCCAAUAAAUAUAUGUUUCACAAAGAAGAAAUUCAUGGAACUAAUUAACAAUGAAAAUUUCAGGAAUUUCUGUCCCAAAAAAAUACUUCCU